AAAUUACGGCAUCAAGGAUGGUGAUCAGCUUAAAAUUGUUCGGCAUAUUGCAAUCGGCUACAACCUGCGAAAGAGGCGAGCAAAGAAACGGGUUGCAUGGGAAGUGAGAGGUAAGAAGUCUUUCGCUCCUUUUGUGCUUGAUAUAUUGCUGCUGAGAGGUAUUGUAAGCUAUGGUGGAGGGGAAAGAUUCAUGGGUUUGCAAGUUUUAGGAGAUAAGAAAAUUGCCCAUCAACUGCUUGUUGUUUUUCCAACCGUACCCAUCAAUAUGGAAGAAGCUGGAAGUGUUUUGCACAGUCUUAGGCGCUGCAGUGAACAACCUAAGAACGAUGGAGAUGGUUUUGUAGUACUUGAAUUCGGUUUGGAGGCAGAGCAUCUGAAAGUGCUAUAGAGUGCACAACAUUAUACUGAGGCAGCGAUGGAUGAGGUAACCAUCCUGAAACAGAUAGCUGAGGGCGACUCGGAUGAUAAAAAAUGUGUAGUGAAGCUUUUGGAUAAUUUCAAGCAUUCGGGUCCUAAUUGGCAGCAUGUUUGUAUGGUUUUUGAGUACUUGGGUGAUAAUCUUUUUACUCUUAGCAAGUAUACUAAUUAUCGGGGAUGCCCAUUCAUAGGGUGAAGGAUAUCUGUUUUCAUAUUUUACUGGGGUUGGAUUACCUGCACAAACAACUUUCUAUCAUAUACACUGAUUUGAAACCAGAAAACAUAUUGCUAAUGGCAAUGAUAGACCCUGCUAAGGAUCCGAGGAAGUCUGUUGCUCCUCUAAUUCUUCCGAAUAGCAAGGAUAAGGCCGCAGUGGAGUAUGGCAGAGAAGAUGAAGAUGAGGUGUAUAUUCGGCCACUCUUCAAGGUCAAAACAAAGGUUGUUGAGAAAAACCUCAAUCUUGUUUGGAAUCAGACAUUUCAGUUGAGUGCCGAAGAUAAGGAGAAACAUAUUCCAAGCUUCAAGAAGCAGCAGCAAGAUGCAUCACGUCGAGAAGCAGCUGCUACAAAGAGAAUGCAAGAGCUCAUGCGCCAAUUUGGCACAAUAUUGCGCCAGAUUAUGCAACACAAGUGGGCAUGGCCUUUUAUGGAACCUGUAGAUGUAGAAGGUCUUAAGCUGCAUGACUACUAUGAGGUAAUUAACAAGCCCAUGGAUUUCAAUACAAUUAAAAAUCAAAUGGAGGCCAAGGAUGGUACCGGAUAUAAGAAUGUUCGGGAAAUAUGGGCUGAUGUGAGGUUGGUUUUCAAAAAUGCCAUGAAAUAUAAUGAUGAGAGAAGUGAUGUUCAUGUUAUGGCCAAAACUUUGCUGAAAAAUUUUGAGAAGUGGCUGCAACUCCUUCCUAAAGUUACUGAAGAGGAAAAAAGACGAGAAGAGGAGGAAGCAGAGGCACAGUUUAAUAUGCAGCUUGCUCAGGAGGCUGCUCAUGCCAAAAUGGCGAGAGAUUUGAGUAAUGAGCUGUAUGAGCUUGAUAAGCAUUUAGAAGAUCUCCAGAAAGUGGUUGUUCAAAAGUGCAAAAAAAUUACUACCGAAGAGAAGAGGCUCCUAGAGGAAAGAAAGAAACUGAGACAAGCGUGGUGGGACCCAGGUGUUGGGACAAGUGUGGGCAAGGAUAUCGCACCUUGUGGACAAGGUGCUUCUAUGGGGGAUGGUUUGUCACAGUCCACAACCGGAUUACAUGGGCCAUGGGCCUUGGGCCUUGGGCCAAUUUACUUUCAUUUACAACUUCCUUUACUUUAAUGCUUCCUGUUAUUUGGACUACAAUAAAGUUAGUGGGCCUUGGGCCUUAGUUUUAUUUUAUUGUAUGCCUUUAGUUGUGUUAGCCUGGGCCCAUGUAGGGAUCAUUUUCUUUAUGUAAGAGUCAAGGGCUCUAGGGUUCAUCUAUCCAAAAUCAUUAAUGAAAUUAUUUUCUUAUUCUCUUUUAUCUUUCUCUUGGAGGUUAGGUCAACCUCGAAUUUGACCAUUUUCUCUCACACUUUCUAGUUAUCCAAACACAAUCUAUCAGGUGUGUUACACAUUGUGCUGGCCAAAUUAGCAAGUAUUGAAUUCACAAAGGCUUUUUGGGCACAAUU